AUUUAUGAUAAUACCAACGGCUCGGAAAACCCAUCAGCUCCUGGUGCCGACUAAAUAGGAAUGGAAUAGACAGCAUCUUUGACCUCUUCCAAACAAGGAAGACGCAGCAUAUGCAAUUUGUCCUCCCCUGUUACCGAUCUGGGAAUCAUCUUCAGCUGGGGUUCUGGAUCUGAAACAGGCUCCCAAGACAGAUGUUUGUAGACAAUUGUUUGCUCUGACAUGUCUUUCUUCCCUUUUUUCGUUCCUUCCCCUUCCGUUCCAUUUUCUUUCUCUCUCUAGACUUUCUAUGUCGACUGUAAAUCUCGGAGUCGUUCGAUGCAAUCGCUUCCAUAUCUAUGGUUCUUGCGAGCUCCUGCUUCAACCCUUUUGACCUUCUGUUAGGCUCAUCAUCGACGUCUUUCACGUUUUCCCUCUUUGUACUGCUCUCCUCCUGACAAAUCAAAAUCCUCCACCGAUCGAUCGGGAGAGAAGCUCAUCAAACGCUUAUUGGAUUGGAUUCGGUCUUUGAAUUUUAGAACUGAGACUGAGAGGUGUCGAAUAUGUUGGGGCAGGGCAAUUAUAACCAGAAGAUCGACUACGUGUUGAAGGUUGUCAUGAUCGGAGACUCGGCAGUCGGGAAGUCGCAGCUCUUGGCACGUUUCACCAGGAACGAGUUCAGUCUGGAGUCUAAGGCCACGAUCGGGGUCGAGUUCCAGACCAAGACGCUCCUCAUCGACCACAAGACCGUCAAGGCUCAGAUUUGGGACACUGCUGGUCAGGAAAGAUAUAGGGCGGUGACCAGUGCAUACUACAGAGGUGCAGUGGGGGCGAUGCUAGUUUAUGACAUAACCAAGCGUCAAUCGUUUGAUCACGUUACCAGGUGGUUGGAAGAGUUGCGGGGCCAUGCUGACAAAAAUAUUGUUAUCAUGCUCAUAGGCAAUAAGACUGACUUGGGUUCACUUCGAGCUGUACCUACUGAGGAUGCCAAAGAGUUUGCUCAAAGGGAGAGCCUCUUCUUCAUGGAGACGUCGGCCCUGGAGGCCACCAAUGUUGAAUCUGCUUUCCUCACAAUCCUGACAGAAAUUUAUCGAAUCAUCAGCAAGAAGUCCCUAGUUGCCAAUGACGAAUCAGAAUCUGGAGGAGCUUCAUCACUACUCACCGGAACAAAAAUUGUUGUCCCUGGGCAGGAUCCAGAACCUCAACGGAGAUUCAACUGUUGCGGUUCUUUAUAGGAUCAUACUCCUCCGACAUGCGACGUGGCUUAGGUAAUGCUCCCCCCAAACUGCUCAUACCUUGUUUGGUAUAAUUUUUACUGUCAGCUAAAUGUCAAACAUGAUCACAAUCUUCAUCUCCCGGGAAUGCAGUCGGACACCAACUUUUUUGUAUACCAGGUAAUGAACACUUUGAUCUUGUAAGAAGCCAAUGGUGGUUGAUUUGCAAAUGGAUUUGGGAUCAGUCCAAACUUGCAACA